CGUCGGAGAGGAGAAUGGUGGUGGCGGAGGAGACGGGGGCCGGCCUCCAGCUGCCCCGAGGGUACAGGGCCGUGCUGACCUCGCCCUGGAUCACCCCUGACCCAGGUGACGGCGCCUCUACUGCAGGAAUGGCCAUGUGCAUGCGGCUGGAUUACCUGCUGGAUGGGCCGGACGCCUUCCUACUGUCGGCGAGGGUGGUGCAGGAGCAGGAGGAGAGUCUUCCCCCCUCUUCCUCGCUGCUGUUCCUCUAUGGUCCUCAUGGGAACAGGUCCUUGACCACUGCCGUCAACUUCACCGUCAGUUCUCGCUUCAAGGUGGUGGUGCAGUACGAGCGAGGGUACGGCCCUCACUACACGGCGGGCGUGACGGGCGUGCACGUCACCCAGGGCGCGUGUGGCCACCAGCUAGACAACCUCACGGCCACCUCCUGCGCCUUCACGCGCGACUUCUGCGGCUGGACCAACACUCACAGUGACCACAGGAACUGGCUGCUCACGGAUCAAGGUAUCGUGGCUGAGGUUCGGAGCGGCAGCGGCAGCAGUAAACUCAGCCGCAACCGGAGCAAGAAGGCCAUGGUCACCUCCGUCAGCAGUAACAUCGCCCACGAGCAGCAGUGGGCUGAUCUCACCUCCCCGGUGGUGAUACAGAGCGACCUCAUGUCUACGAUGCGUAGUGACUUUAGCUCCACGGAAUAUGACCUUAGCGAAGGUGAACGAAGCUCCCUUCCUGCUGUGCCGGCAGCGACCAACAGCAGCGGGGCUUGCCUCACUCUCCGGUACAGUCUCCUGUCGGCAAACUCAGAGUUGCGAGUGGUGCUGAGACCCAUAGCAGCCACGGGGAUGAAGGGCUACCGACGGAGAGGCUCCCAGGGUCACCAGGAGGAAGAGGAGGAGCAGGUCCUGUGGACUCAGGGGCGCGUCGAGAGCCCCGGAGUGAUGGAGGCCAUCGUCAACUUCCUUCCCGAUUCUCUUCCCUCGCGUUACCAGCUAAUCCUCCGAGCAGUUGGUGUGGGCACUGGUGGAGCCAGCGGGAAGGUACAGGUGCGACAGGUGAGUCUACAGCCAGGCACCUGCACUUCGGGUCCCUCUUGCGACUUCGACACCGGCUUCUGCUCGUGGAGGGUGUCCUACACGGGCGGCACCGUCUGGUACAUCCGCCCACACCACG